AUGUUCAGAAGAGGACUUGCUACAGCUACAAAGGGCCAGUUUACAGUUUUUGACCGUGCUGCCAAACUAAACCAGCGGGCCAGAGCAGCUGCCAACGUGGAAACUUCCAGAAAAGCAGACUACCUUAGAGAUGAGGUUGCAGUGAGAACAAUUGAACGGUUAGGAUUUAUAUUAAGAGACUUUCCCCGAGUUCUUGAUUUUGGAUGCAAUUCAGGCAACUUCGUGAAAAGCUUGUGCACGAAGCUGGAAGCGCCUCCUGAGGGAGACCACGCAGAUGUGGAAAUGACCAAGCAACUCAAUGAGGACAAAGAAAAGAUCAGAAACAAGAUCCAGGAAUUGGUCAUGGUCGACCUGUGUCUGGAGAUGUUGUUCAGAGACGCCCAGGAGCCAUUUAACGAGGCAUUUCCGGGUAAAUUACAGAGAGUGGUUGCUGAUGAAGAGGCAUUUGAACAUGAGGUGUUUCAGCCAGAGCUGUUCGACGCGGUGAUCUCCAAUCUUUCGCUUCAUUGGAUCAAUGACUUGCCGCAAGCACUCAAAAACAUCAACGACGUGCUCAAGCCCGAUGGGUUGUUCAUGGCCACCAUCUUUGGUGGAGAUACGCUCUACGAACUACGCACAUCAUUGCAACUAGCUGAACUCGAGAGAAGAGGAGGAAUGUCCCCGAGAAUGUCGCCGUUGGUGCACUUAAACGACGUGGGCUCUUUGCUCAAUAGAGCAGGCUUCUCGAUGUUGACGAUUGACACCGAGGAUAUAGUCGUUGGAGGGUUUCCUGAUAUCGUUGCCAUGUGCCAGGAUUUACAGAAUAUGGGCGAGCAGAACAGCUUGCUUUCUCGAGCAAACCAUUUGCCCCAGGAUGUGUUGUUGGCAGCCAAUGAAAUCUGUAAAAGUUUGCACGGCGAAGAAGGUCCAGAUGGAAAAGUGACAUUACCUGCUACGUUUAAUGUGAUCAACAUGAUUGGGUGGAAGAAGAGCGAAACGCAGCCACAGCCUUUGAAGAGAGGAACCGGUCAAGUGAGUUUGAAAGAUGUGUUGUAG